AUGGAGUCCAUCCCCGCCUCCAAUGUCGUCCACAAACUUGAGAAGCGUGGCCUUCUCAUAGCCAUCAACUGCGUCGCCGCUCUAUCCAUCUUCUUCUUCGGUUAUGAUCAAGGUAUGAUGGGAGGUGUAAAUACCUCUCCUGAUUACUAUGAAAAGACCAUGAAGUUCGGCCAUCCAGACACUGAUGGUACGCCAAUCAUCGACAACACCCUGAAACAGGGAGGUAUCGUGUCCAUCUACUAUCUUGGUACCCUCAUGGGCUGCUUGGUCGGUGGAUGGUUUGGUGAUAGGUACGGCCGUAUCAAGACAAUUGGACUUGGAGCUGGCUGGGGUGUCGUUGGCGCCAUCUUGCAAACCUCCGCACAGAACGCUACUUGGAUGAUCUUCGCUCGACUGAUUAACGGCUGGGGCACUGGCAUGCUCAACGCUAUCGUCCCUGUUUGGGCCACCGAGACAGCUGAACACACCUCCCGUGGUCAAUUCGUCGCCAUUGAGUUCACCCUCAAUAUUUUCGGUGUCGUCGUUGCCUACUGGAUCGAAUAUGGCUGCAGCUUUUACAAGAAGGGCUUGACAGGCUUUACAUGGCGCUUUCCCAUUGGCUUCCAGAUCGCCCCCCUGCUUUUGCUUUUCGCCAUUUGCUGGUUCUUCCCCGAAUCUCCUCGUUGGCUCGUCAAGGUUGGCCGCGAACGUGAAGGCCGCUACAUCCUUGGCCGUCUCCGUGGUGAGACUGGCGAAGACCACGGCAAGGCUGAGGCCGAAUUCCAGGACAUCCGCAACGUUGCCGAACUUGAGCGAAAGACAGCCGGUCGUCAAUCAUAUUUCUCCAUGCUCUUCGGUAUUGGAUCAGGGAAGCUCCACACUGGUCGUCGUGUCCAGCUCGUCAUCUGGCUCCAGAUCAUGCAAGAGUGGAUUGGUAUUGCAGGUGUCACCAUCUUCGCUCCCACAAUCUUCCGCACUGCUGGUAUCGGCCACUCCGACGUCCAAUGGAUCUCAGGUCUUAAUACCAUUACAUAUACUCUAUCAACUCUCAUUUGUGUUUUCACUCUCGACAGGAUUGGCCGCCGCUGGACUCUGUACUGGGGCUCGAUCAUGCAAGGUAUUGCCAUGUUCAUGGCCGGUGGCUUCGCACGACUUGGUCUCGACAAGACUGCUGCCGGUGAGAUCGCCCAGGCCAAAGUCUACAGCUCAGUCGCAGUCGCCAUGAUCUUCCUUUUCACAGCUACUUUCGGUGCUACCUGGCUUACGGUACCUUGGCUAUACCCGGCUGAGAUCUUCCCAUUGGAAGUUCGUGCCAAGGGUAACGCUUGGGGUGUCGUUGGCUGGUCACUCGGCAAUGGAUGGCUUACACUCAUGCUGCCGAUUGUCUUCAAGGCUUGUGGUGAAAAGACUUACUACAUUUUCGGCAUCGCCAAUGUCAUCACUUUGCCAAUGGUCUAUUGUUUCUACCCCGAAUCCAACCAACGCACGCUUGAGGAGAUGAAUCUUGUCUUCGCAUCUGACAAUCCAUUCGUGUGGGCUUGCGAGAAGAAUUACAGAAUCCUCAAGGAACAGAACCCCGAACUCGUCCAAGCUGCCGAGCGCGGCCACUCUGUUGUCGAUCCAGAGACUGGUCUGCCCAAGCGCGCUUCAAUGCGCCGUGGUACCGGCCGCAACAUGAGCUUGGAUGCCAACGCAUUCCAGCACGAUGACAUCUCGAUUGAGAAGCAAUCAUAUACGCACAACGAGAAGUUUUAG